UCAUGCGGCUCGUCGUCCUCCCGCGUAAUAGCAUUCCAUUUUUAAAAUAAAAACAUACCUACUGAUUCCUUUCCUAUAAAAAAUAUAAUCAAAUAUCGAUUCAAUAUCACGUUUCUGUUACAAUCGUUUCGAAUAAUGAUAAUAAGUUUUAUGUAAAGCGGUAUAAAUCAAAACAUUCAAUUUCAUAGCACAUUUUGUUUUCAGAACAAAAAGCGGUUCCGUUGAACCAGUCAAACAACUGGCAUGUUUAAUAUUUAUGUAACGCAAAUACAGUAAAAUAAACAAAUCGGCUGAUUGGAAUAGGUGAGUCGACUUUUUCACACAACGAUGCCAGUGUGAGCGGGAAAUUAGUUUGUUCUGUUUUCAAAAAUGGAUUGGCGCGAAAAACUGUUCGGGAAAGUGCUUGUGAAGUGCGAAUCGGCGGGAACGCAAAAGGGCCAGUUCGAAUUUGUGCCAACUUUGGAAGGUUUGGGAGACUGUGUUGAAGACGGCGAUGGUUCUGUGUGUGGUAUUUAUUUCUCAUUCGCGAACAUUAGCGACACGAGUGACGAUUUUGGAGUUCGUUUAGAGGAAAUUUACAAAAUAGUGCAACCGCGGUUGAAAGUCGUUCAAGUGGUAUUAUGGGCUCAUGUGGGCACGCCUGAGGGCCCGGUGGAGAGAGAAGCUGGUUUCCGCAAGAGUCUAACGGGCAAACCUUGGUUUGCUGUCCCAUUUCAUGAUGUCGACACUAAGCGACGUCUCACACAAAAAUACAGCAUCGCUGUGGGUGUACCAACUCUAGUGAUCAGGGGACGAGGAGUGCGCGACGCUCUCUUAUCAGACCCCCUAGGGGAGAGGUUCCCCUGGCCAGCCCCCCCACUACAUGAAGUGUUGCGAGGGGUCCACCUGGAAGGAGACAAGGAUAGUAAGCUGUAUGAGAAGUUAGCAGCUGACACUGUGAGGGUCUUCUACUUUGCCGCUCAUUGGUGUCCGCCGUGCCGAGCCUUCUCUCCGAGCCUGUGUGCAGCGCUGACAGCUGUACGGAAACGCAGAGCAAAGUAUGCCAACACGCAGCUCAUACUGGUCUCCAGUGACAGAAGCGAACAAUCCUUCAACCGGACAGUUCAGUCGGUGUCAGGAGUUGGAGCUCUGUCAGUGCCGUGGUCCGCACCGGAGGCCCGGGUGGCGCUGGCUGCUGCUCUCAGCGUGGCCGGAAUUCCCGCCCUGAUCAUCACAGAUGGAGCUGGGAAGGUCCUCACAUCCAAUGGCCGACAACACUUGACUGCUGACCCACUGGGAUAUAAUUUCCCGUGGGCCCAAAGACCAGUGUCGGUUCUCACCGAGCAGGCGCUGCUGAAGAUGGCGCGUCAUCCAGCUGUUGUAUUGUUUAUUGAUGAUGAAGACUCCGAGAUAGAAUUCGCCGAGUCGGUCCUCACGCCGUCAGCGGAAUCCUACUACGAGGAAUGCAGCAUCCAAUACCCUGGAUUCUGCCCCUACCAGAACUCCUCAGACGAUGAAACCAUGGACUUCGACUACCCCACGUCCAAACAUUCUCGAGUGAAGAAAAAGUCCUUCAAGCACACGAUGUUCUACAUAGGAGUCGACGGGGCAGAUAGUGCUGAUAUGUUGAGGGAGCAUAUAGGCUUGGAUGAUGCUGUACCGUUGCUGACGGUGAUCGACUUCCCGAAACAGAAGCUGGUGACCAUGAAGUACGGGGACGAGAUCACAACGGAUUCGGUGCAGAACUUCGUCGACGCUUACCUGAGUGGUAACGCGGAUUUUAAACCUUUGAAGCCGUAUAGUGAGAAAUGUUAGUUCUAGAUUGUCUGUGGUUCUAGAAUGAUCAUGGCCGUUUUUACCUGAUGGUUCAAGGGGUGCAGCCUGAUGCGAUGAAAUCAGGUUUUAUUAACCUCUAAAUUCAAUCUAGGUCAACGUUAUUGCACAAAAAUAAAUAAUAAUUGUUGUAGUUUUAUUUUAUACUAGCUGUACACGCGACUUCGUCCGCGUGGAAUUUAACUUUUUUUUCUAAAAUAAAAGUAGCCUAAGUUACUCCUUAUUACAUCAGCUACCUGCCAAGAAAAGUCCCGUCAAAAUCGGUCCAGCCAUUUCACAGAUUAGCCGAAACAAACAGACCGACAGACAGACAAAAAUUGUAAAAAAUGCUAUUUUGGUGUAUGUACCGUAUUUAUACAGACACUCCAAUUUUAUUUAUAUGUAUAGAUGUAAAAGAAAAUAGAAGAAAAAAACUAGGGAUACGGAGAUUUAUAUAUGAACGAUUCACAAAACAUUGAAGUAUAAAAGAAAUUACAAUAAAAGAACUAUUUUAGAUAUGAUAUGAUAUGAUAUGAUUUAUUUUAGAAGAAGAAAAAAUACAUUUCUGAUUAGCCAGUACAAGUACACAACAAUAUAAUAUAAAUAUAUACCUCUAAUUACCUAUUAAAUUCACAUAUUAUAUAGUAUUAAUAUAAAUAAUGUUAAUUUUGUAUUUUUGUCCACCUGCACCCCGGCCCCAAAUAUGGUUAAAACGGCACUCAGAAAGAUCUAUGGCCUAUUUCUCUAGUAAGUAAUUGUAGUUGUUAGUUUUUAAAGUAUUAAAGACAAUAGGCUGUUCUAGGUUAAUGAAGGAAAGAUUUUUUUUAACCUGUGGCAAGUUAGCAUACGCCCCAUCUGAUGGUAAAUGGUAAUCGUCGCUCACGCAAAUAAUUUACAUAGGAAACAACCACA